AUGGAAGUAGCCGGAUGCAGCAUCAGCUGGUUCAAUACAGUAUCCUAUGUUUUAUGCAUUAGAAACUUUCCAACCAACAGAUCGCUUGCUUUAUCUCUCACUGUCAGUUUUAACGGUGUUGGUGCUGCUCUCUAUACUCUCAUGGCCAAUGCAACAAACCCCGCAGAUGACACUCCACUACUUCCUAUCCACCGCCAAACACCUUUGCUGAAACUCUCCACAGGUGUCAAUCGACGUGACAUUUUUGCUGUUGUCACUGGCCUAUAUCUCCUCAUGAAUUCACAAUCUUCUAUUGUAUCAAGGGCACGUAUACUUCUUGGGGGUUCUAUUCUUCAACGAGUACUUCCCUUGUGCUUGCCUGGGAUUGUUUCUGCUAAGGACUGGGCUACGCAAACCAUCCAAACGAGUUUUUCUCUUGAUCAGUCAGGCUUCAACUUGGCUGACACCGACGACCUUGAUCUUUUCAAAGAACUCAUUGAAGGUGAAAAUGGUACUUCCUUGGGUGGCAAUGCAUAUGUGGUGGAAGAGAAAGAAGGUAGUUUAAGCUGUUUUCAGAAAAUUGGUAGUUUCACCAAUCUAGGCGAAGAGCACCCUGCUCGAUUGAACCUCUCUAGGUGGGAUUUCUGGUUAUACUAUAUUGCAUAUUCUGUGGGAGUGUGGCAGCUGAUCGGGUUCUUGUUUUCAGCAGCUGUGUCAAUCACGUCUGAGCUCUUCGGGCCAAACAGUGCUGGGGCUACAGUAUAUGAUUCCAAUGCAAGAAGGAGCCACUUGCUAGAGACGUUUGGGGACGCAAUUGUGUGCAUGGGUAGGCAGUGCUAUCUGAAGACAUUCAUUUCCUGGGGAUGCAUUUCCCUGAAGUCAAUUAAAUCUUUGCAGAUAGUGAUGGGCUUUGUACCAAGGGUCUCCAUCUCCAUGGUAAAGCAUCUUGCACUCCUUGCCCUUCGCAUAUGUAGAAGCAUUUUAGCUGGAAUCACCUAA